CAGUGAAGUUAUAUCAGCGGACAGAGGGUCGCUUCAGUGCGCCCAGCUGAACCUGCCACCGGGUCGUCGUUCCUGUGAGCACCGGCUCGAUGCACCGGGAUAAAAACUGGUUUCGUUUCGAGACUUUUGUUCAGCUUCCAGGUCGCUGCUGUGUUUCUGUGGAUUGAUCCGCCAACGAAGCAGCAGGAUGCGAGAUGUUCAGCUGCACAAUGAGACGUGCAGGAACGGGUCUGUCGUCAGGUUGUGGUGCGGAUCUCAGUCUACAGUGUGCGUGGUCCCUGAGGUUCAACCCCUGUUCCACCCACACCUGGACAACAACAACACUCACACAGCAGAUUUGCAGACAAAUGUUACCUACAACCAAUGGCUGGGCCUGACUCUGGCCCUGCUGUCCGCCUUUCUGAUUGGCGGGAGCGUCAUUCUAAAGAAGAAAGCUCUCCUCCGAUUGGCCACCACCGGUCACACCAGAGCAGGUGACGGAGGUCAUGGCUACCUGAAGGACUGGCUGUGGUGGGGGGGCUUGUUGACCAUGGGAGCAGGAGAAGCCUGUAACUUUGCCGCCUACAUGUUUGCUCCGGCCACACUGGUGACUCCGCUGGGCGCUCUGAGCGUCCUCAUCAGUGCAGUUUUGUCCUCCCAUCUGUUGGGGGAGGUGUUGAACGUGGUGGGGAAGCUCGGCUGUCUGCUGUGUGUGUUGGGAAGCAUCCUGUUGGUUAUCCAUGCCCCACAAGAACAGGAAGUGACAUCACUACAGGAAAUGACCAACAAGUUGCUGGAGCCUGGUUUCCUGGUGUACAUGUCGGCAGUGUUGGUUCUGUGUACGGUUCUCGUGCUGUAUUUCGCUCCACGGGUCGGUCGGACCAACAUCCUCGUCUACAUCAGCAUCUGCUCGCUGCUCGGAGCCUUCACCGUCUCCUCCGUGAAGGGCCUCGCCAUCGCCAUCAACACCGUGUUUUAUGAUAUUUCAGUGCUUGCAAGUCCUCUCACCUGGAUCCUGCUGCUCACUCUCAUCGUCUCCAUAGUAACACAGGUGAACUACCUGAACAAGUCCCUGGACACCUUCAACACCCUGCUGGUCUACCCCAUCUACUACGUCCUCUUCACCUCCGUGGUCCUCUCCACCUCCAUCAUCCUCUUCCAGGAGUGGAGGAGCAUGGCGGCCGUGGACGUAGUGACGACGCUGGGGGCCUUCCUGGUCAUCGUGGUGGGCGUGGCCAUGCUCCACCUCUUCAAAGAGCUGCAGGUGACGAUGAAGGAGCUGACCAGUCAGCUGUCUCAGCCGGUGGAGAGUGUGGGGCUCGCGGAUGAGAUUUCAACCAACAGACAAGCAGAAAGGGAUAGAGAAGAAGGAAGGAGGAAUAAAAAAGAGGAUAAAUACGGACUGAUGGACAACAUGGUGAUAGAGAGUCUUCCUCCUAUGAGAGAGGACGGACCAAGAGUCUUCAUCAUCAGCUGAAAGAGACAGAAGACAAUGGAGACACAGGUUUGUGUUUCCUGUCUGGACUUUGUAGUUCAGACUCACUCUGACUGAUGUUAUGAAUCUUGUGCACUUUUUAAAGGUCCAGGCCUCUAGUUUCAGAGUGUUUCAGUUCACCACAAAGGUCCAUCAGCUUUCACGCAAACAAAUCACCUUUAAGUGAGCUGAAACUGUGCAGGUCCUGGACAGAAAUCUGAGGGAAACUCCCCCAUUUACACUUCAGCAGUUCAUGUCUCCUGUGCAGAUUGGACAACUGUCAGAGAUCAAAAAUGCUGGAAAUGCAUCCAAGAAGCAUUUAAGACAGAUUUCAAUCUACAAUCAAAUGACUACAAGGAGACGCAAAAGAACUGCAAAGAGAAUCAGAAAGACUAAAGAACGAUAAAAUAACUACAAAGAGACUUAAAAUGACUACAGAGACACAGAACAACUACAAAGUGAUGUAAAAUAAAUUCUUUAUUUAGGAUUUGAAGGAUGAGGCUGGUGUUGUUCAGGAUUUCUUAUUGUCAACAAAAAUUAUAAAAAACCAAAACCAACUUUGGUUUUUAUGUGUUUAGAGUAGUUGCGACCUGCGAGGCGACACGUCUGAACGGGGAUCUGAUCUGAAUCAAUGAUAACCUGCAGUAUUUAUUCCUUCACACACAGACAGUGUCUGUGUGACGAGAGCAAAGAGCCGUGUGUCACGAUUUACUCGACUUGAUGACAACAAUACUCGUUGCCAUAGUUCCAACAAAGCGAGGGAUCAGAUCUUGAGCAGUUAAUCGGGUGUUUUCUGUUCAUUAUGUAUCAGCUUCAGUAGAUUUUGUACUUUUUGGCAGAACUGCGACUCUGAUCCGUGUUUGAAGACUUCUGGCUCGCUAAUGUAGCUGUUUACGGAUGCCAGACACGGAGAAGCGAUUGUUUUCUCUUCUGUGGAUUUUCAGGGCUGAUGAACAGUCGCGUUCGCUUAAUCGAUUCAGAGUUGAUUUUGAUCUUUUCAUGGAUUUGUUGACAGUAAAGAAAAUCCAGACUUGUUUUUUAAAGAAAAAACAAGAGGAAGAGGCAGUUUGGUGGGAAGCAUGAUUAACAGAUAUCUUUCCAUUGCACUUUAUUCACUUUAAUGAUCAUUUCAAGACCUAAACACAUGUAGAACAUAUCUCAUGACUUUAUAUACGUUGAAUUAUCAAUAAUUAAUAAUAGAAAUGUUCUUAUUGCUGACAUCACUCUAAAAAUGUUUUAUAUUUCUAUGGUAACUGGUGGAAGUUUUCUUUGUUGUAUUACAAGUCUCAACAGUGACUGAAUGAGGUAUUUUUCUUAUAUUUGUUGCUUGCUAUAACUCGAAUCACUAAUGAAAUAUUUCAGCACCACCUGAGUGAAAGGCAGAAUUGGGGAAUCUACUUUAUGAUGCAUGGAAGUCAUAUCCAGAUAUUGUAAAAAGCAAAGGAACACAGCCAUGAAACCAUGAGAACAAGGUCAGAACAUCCACUGGACUGUUCCAGCUCACGCUCUUCUUCAGACUUCAGUCAUCUUCAGAAGUCUGAAACAGCGUGAGUGCAGAUGGUUUUCAUGGAUUCUAGUUUACCACCAUCAAACAAAAGGCCCUAAAGUCAAACAGACAGUUGAGUCUAACAGGGAUAGAACUUGAUGAUGAGAAUCUGGAUGUUCCUGAGUCUGAUUUUAGACCCUCAUGCUUUGGUUGUUCCUGUACUCUGCUGAUGACUGGAGUCUAUGACGCAGCCAAACUACACAAACUGUAUCUGUGACACGUUCUGACCAUCAUUCAGUGUUUACUCUAACUUUCAACUUGAACUAUAUUUUCUCUCAGGGAAUAAUUGUCUCAGCAUGGGAAAACACAAAACUUACACAGACAGACAGAAAAAGGUUCAACUUUUUUGCAAGACGUGCCUGCAUUUUAUUGUCAACUACAGAGAGAAUUAAAAUGACCAUUAGGACAUGCGAUCCGACCACCAAGAGACGCAAGAUGACUACAGGCACAAAAUGACAACAAAGAGAUGAAAAACAUCCACAAAAAUACAUUAGACUAUUAUAAAGAGACGCAAAACAACUGCAAAGAGAUGCAAAAUGACUACAGACACAAAACACGAGAUGUAACAACCACAAAGAGACAAAAAAAACACAAAGAGACACAAAUCAACCACAAAGAGACACAAAAGAACCACAAAGAGAUUCAAAACAACAACAAAGUCAUAUGAACAAGUGCAAAGAGACACAAAACAACCACAAAUAGAGCCAAAAGAACUUAAAAAAAAAGAGAUACAGACGACCACAAAGAAACAGAACAGUUACCUUUUCAUGAAAGUGGGAACAUGUCGAUCGACAGCUCGUGCAAAAAGUCCAAGAUACCAACAGCAGUCGCCUGUGAACCAACAGUUCAAAAAUAAUCUUAACUCAAGGUCCACCUGCAGAAAACAAAGUGUCCACAUUUUUCUGGUCUCUUAUCAUACAUCAUUUAACACCCUGGUUUUAUGAGAGAUCAUUUUGGCUCCAUCCUGGAUAAUUAGUGACCGUGACACGUUGAGUACACACUGAAUGAUGCUCAGCAGUGAGCUGUAUGGAUGUACAGAGUGUGUGUGUGUGUGUGCAGCUGAAGACUCAUCUGUUGAUGAAGCUCAGAGGAACAAACUCACCAAACUAAUUAAAGACUCGCACAGUGUUCUGCUACUACAACCUGCUUAAAGGAACAUACCACUUUUUUUCUGGUUUUAGCCGAUUCAGCAAACAUCACACACAGUUUGGAUUCUUAGAUAAUUCGUGUGUGUUGAAGUUCGUGUAAUGAAUCAUAGUUAUGAUAGUUUGACAUUCUAGGAAAUGCAGAUAUCUGAUUACUGAAGUUUUAGUUUUAGUCUUCUUGCAUCUUUACAGGAAAAUCAGGAUUAAAAUGGCCUCUAAGGUUGUAAAUUAAAACUCUUCCCAUACUUUGGACAAACAGGCUAGCUGUGUCUCACUGAGUUUUUAUGCCCUGCUAAGAUAAGUGUCUGAUGGCUGCAGCUUCAUAAUUAAUGGGCAGAUAUAAGUACAACUAUUCCUUCAACUUCACCUUUACAACCUAACUGCCACAUGAUGUUCACUGAUUUGUCUUUUAAGUGUGUCUUCAGCAGGUUUCCAGUCUUGGGUUUAUCUUGUUUUUAGAGAUUAACUAUUAAAUCCUGCCUGCAAGGAGGAACAAACCCUGUAUUUGGAAAAUGAGCAGCAUGUAAGCAAAGUAUAUGUGAUUUGAAGUUAAACCGCUCAAACAAAAUGCAAAAACUCUGGUUUGGUUUCAUUCAUGGUGUCUGAUUCAGAUGUCUUACACUCACAUCAUCAAACUGUUCAACUUCCUGUUUUUAAAUACAUGUUUAUAUUUUUUUGCACACGGAUCAUUUUAAUAAAGACUUGUGAUCUUU